UAUUAUCGAGAACAGAGCAACAGUCGGAACUCACUUUCGCUUCUGGAAAAUGUCGACGGGUAUAGCGCGUACCCGGAAUCAUCAGAGCAUAGUGUUUUAUUGAAAUUCCGUCCAGCUAAUGGUCAUUUAGCGAAAGGCACUUUUGUUGUCUGUAAAGCGGAUAUCCUGAAGGAAGAUUGUCCACUGUGGAGAAUUGAUAACCAGAAUCUGCUGCAGAAAUAUCCACCGUUGUCUCUGAAUGGCAGAGUUGCUUAUCGAAAUAGCUCUACGUAUUCGGGUUGGUGUGAUCAGAUUGCUGAUAGCUAUCUCGUGAUACGGGUACGCUUCAUCAAACAUACUCGUUCUGAAUCGAUUGUUGAACCGGAAAUAUCACUUCUGGAUAUGUUCCCGGCUAUUAGCACUGAGUGUGAAGAAGAGCAGUCCGGAAGUUCGGAAAUAGUCGUGAGACAGAAAGUCGAUUUAUUUGCUGACGAUACUGUACGGAAGCAAAUGGCUGUGUAUGUGAAAGCGAUGCUCAAUCAUGCGCUUGAUAUGUCAUUUUUCCAGACGGCGAAACAGAACAAUGGAACGGAGCAAAGCCGCAAGCCAAAACAUUUUCGAGCUAGUGAAAAUUCACGUAAAAUUGAAGAUUGGAAUUGGCUUUGCGCACUGAAUAACAUUGAUGAGUUGAAUCGGGAGAGGAAGGCGAAGGUACAGUCACGCGUGAAGUGGAUACAACGAUAUAUGGACUUGCUCCACUUUUAUUCGUCUUGUGUGAUAUGCGAGUCAGAAGGCACUGGCCUAACUUGUCAGGCGUGUGGUAAUGCUGAUGUUGAGAAUGUUGUUCAACUGUUUUGUAAUGAGGGUUAUGACUACGAUACUCUGGAAGCAGAAGAGGUGCGUUAUACAGGAUCGGGAUCGCCACUACAUGCUGUGGUAAGAGUUUGUUGUAAUGUGCUCUCUGGACCGUUGCCGAGGGCGUUAAUUUUCCCCUAA